AUGACGUCUCAAAGCUCCCAAAUCACUGUAUCCCGGGAUCGCCAACGAAAAGUUUUCAUUGCAGAAUUCCACCCAAUACCUGCCCUAUCUAUCUAUCUAUCUAUCUAUCUAUCUAUCUAUCUAAUUCUAUUCCUUCCUAUCUAUCUAUCUAUCUAUCUAUCUAUCUAUCUAUCUCAAUUUUUCCUAUCUAUCUAUCUAUCUAUCUAUCUAUCUAUCUAUCUAUCUAUCUAUCUUUUCUCUAAUUCUAUUCCUAUCUAUCUAUCUAUGUCAGUUUUUCAUAUCUAUCUAUCUAUCUAUCUAUCUAUCUAUCUAUCUAUCUAUCUAUCUAUCUAUCUCAAUUCUUCAUAUCUACAAACAUCAAUUGUGUUAAACUUAUACGUUUGCAAAAUGUAUGCAUGCAUGUAUGUAUGUAUGUAUGUAUGUAUGUAUGUAUGUAUCUAUUUCAUUUCUUCAUAUCUAUCUAUCUAUCUAUCUAUCUAUCUAUCUAUCUAUCUAACUCAAUUCUUCAUAUCUAUCUAUCUAUCUAUCUAUCUAUCUAUUUCAAUUCUUCAUGUCUAUCUAUCUAUCUAUCUAUCUAUUUCAAUUCUUCAUAUCUAUCUAUCUAUCUAUCUAUCUAUCUAUCUAUCUAUCUAUCUAUCUAUUUCAAUUCUUCAUAUCUAUCUAUCUAUCUAUCUAUCUAUCUAUUUCAAUUCUUCAUAUCUAUCUAUCUGCUUGUUUGUUUCUUGUCAGGCAAACAUCGAAUGUGUUAAACAUAUACGUUUGAAAAAUGUAUGCAUGUAUUUAUGUAUGUAUGUAUCUAUGUAUAUAUCAAUCUAUUUCUUUUCUUCAUAUCUAUCUAUCUAUCUAUCUAUCUAUCUAUCUAUCUAUCUAUCUAUCUAUCUAUCUAUUUGCUUGUUUGUUUGUUUGCCUUCUAUCUAUCUAUCUAUCUAUCUAUCUAUCUAUCUAUCUGUACUAUUUUGA